AUGAGUAAAUUACUUGUCAUAGCCCUCCUGCUGCUGCCUCUUAUCAACCACGGAAACGACUUGGCCGUAGCAUGGGAUGAUAAAGAUUUCUUCAGAUACUGCGCACCGUCCCAGUGCAGCCAACAUGGCCCAGAGAUCAGGUAUCCUUUCUGCCUUAAAUCCAGCAAUACAUCAUCAUCAUGUGGAUGUCGCGAAUCAUGGACGAAGUUAGCAUGUUCUGGUCAAGACACCAUCCUACUUCACCCAGUUCUUGGCCCAUACAGUGUCAGCGCCAUGGAUUACAGACGUUCUUCCAUGAAGAUCAUCCCGCUUGUAGACCCCUGCCAACUGCUCCAGCAGGAGCUCAUGAUCUCCGGAAGCUUAUCAUCUCAAAAAGUUGAUGUUGCCAACGAUGACCCGCUGGGUCCGAACCAAUUAUUUUCUUGGAGUUUAUCUGCAACCCUAGUACACUGUUCAAGAGAGUUCACACCUGGUGCUGCCGAUAGCAUUGCAGGCCCAGUCUCCUGCCUUAGCAACGCAACCCACUUCCUGUAUUUGGUAGCUGGCUAUGAAGAUAUGUCUCUUCUUCCGCUGGACUGCAAGGUCAUCCCAGUCUCAGAUGGCAGAAGCGUCCUGAUACAGAUACCAAAGUAUGACAACCGACAAUUGUACGAAGACUACAAACCACAGUUCUUCAAGGAAAGUGCUGAAAGAAUCCUCAGUUUCACUGAGAUGACGGUGUAUUGGAAUGAAUACAGUUGCAUUGAUUGUGAACUCCAUUGCGGACGCUGCGCAUUCAGCUCACAAAGGAGUCUACCAUUCUGCAUGCCUGGUUCACAUAUCAAAGUCAUUGCAGCUACAUCUUCGGUGGCCGCAUUUGUUGUUCUUUUAUUGACAGUGACCACUGCACUUUAUCUUUCACUCAAGACAAGAUAUAAUAAGGAGAUACAUUUGAAGGUCGAAAUGUUUCUCAAGACAUAUGGCACAUCAAAACCCACGAGGUACACGUUCUCUGAAGUUAAGAAGAUAGCAAGACGGUUUAAGGAAAAGGUAGGGCAGGGAGGAUUUGGAAGUGUAUACAAAGGCGAGCUACCAAAUGGAGUGCCCGUGGCAGUCAAGAUGCUAGAGAACGCUACAGGAGAGGGAGAAGUAUUCAUCAACGAAGUUGCAACCAUCGGACUUAUCCAUCAUGCCAAUAUUGUCCGCCUCCUGGGAUUUUGUUCCGAAGGAAUGAGACGGGCUCUUAUUUAUGAAUUCAUGCCUAACGAGUCACUAGAGAAAUACAUAUUCUCUCGUGACCUUAACAUUUUUCAGCAUCUUCUGGUGCCAGACAAACUGCUAGAUAUUGCUUUAGGCAUCGCCCGAGGAAUGGAGUACUUGCAUCAAGGGUGCAACCAGCGCAUCCUCCACUUUGACAUCAAGCCUCACAAUACCUUACUGGACCACAACUUCAAUCCAAAGAUCUCAGAUUUUGGCCUUGCUAAGUUGUGUGCAAGGGACCAAAGCAUCGUCACCUUAACAGCAGCAAGAGGCACAAUGGGCUAUAUUGCACCAGAGUUAUAUUCUCGUAACUUUGGGGGAGUAUCGUACAAGUCAGAUGUGUACAGUUUCGGGAUGCUGGUGUUAGAAAUGGUGAGCGGAAGGAGGAAUGCAGACCCAAGUAUUGAGAGUCAGAACGACGUUUACCUCCCAGAGUGGAUCUACGAGAAAGUGGUCAAUGGGGAGGAGUUGGCUCUUACUUUGGAAACGACUCAAGAAGAGAAAGAGAAGGUGAGGCAGCUGGCUAUUGUCGCACUGUGGUGUAUCCAGUGGAACCCAAGAAACCGGCCAUCGAUGACAAAGGUCGUUAACAUGUUAACAGGGAGGUUUCAGAAUCUGCAGAUGCCACCGAAGCCUUUCAUCUAAUCUGAAAAUGAACCUAUGCCGUAAAUCAAAAUAGGGACUACCAUACUAUGUCAACAUUCACUGUUUUACUUUGUGUACGCGUGCGCUGCAAUAACAACCAUUGUGCUUGGAUGCUAUCGGUCCAUUAUGCCUGGAGAUAUAUGAAUAUUCGCAGGUCAGUA